UCCUCACUUCCUUGAGAACAGAAGGAUCUUCUAUUUAACCAAUUAGCUUGGCUUAGUCCAAUAGCAUAAUAAAAGGUAGAAAGAUGAUGGAUCUUACCUCCAACUUCAUAGCUUGUUUUCUUCUUCUAGCCGUUGUUACAGCUUUAAUCAAGAAACGCAAGAGAUCAAAAGCAUCCCAGAAGCUACCCCCAUCUCCAUGGAAGCUCCCUUUUGUGGGACACUUGCAUCAUUUGCUAGGUUCCCCACCCUAUCGUGCUCUUGCAAAAUUAGCUCAGAAACAUGGUGCUCUGAUGCACCUUCAGUUGGGGGAGAUUUCUUCAAUUGUGGUAUCAUCACCACGUUUAGCUAGAGAGAUUCUGAAAACUCAUGAUCUUGCAUUGUCAGAUAGGGCAGAAAUUCUAGCUUCCAAGAUUGUUUGCUAUGACAGUACAAACAUAGCUGGUUCCCCAUACGGUCCUUACUGGAGACAAAUGCGCAAAAUAUGCACCAUGGAGCUCCUUGGUGCUGAGAAAGUCCGAUCAUUUGGCUCUAUCAUGCAAGAUGAGGCUUGGCAUCUCAUUUCAUCUAUCCAGGCUCUAUCUGUUGCUGGAGCUCCAAUCAAUUUAACUGAAAAACUGUCCUCCUACACGAGCUCCAUGGUUUUUAGAGCAGCAUUCGGGAAAGUAAGCAGACGGCAUAAAGAUACAUUCGUACAGGUUUUGAAGCAAGCACUGCCCGUUGUAAGUACUUUUGAUGUUUCUGAUCUUUUUCCGUCAUACAAGAUGCUUCAUCCCUUUAGUCGGGUGAGUACUAAAUUCAUGAAGAUGCACCAAAAGAUUGAUAAAAUUUUCGACAACAUAAUUGCUGAGCGUGUUGAUAACUUAGCAAGAACGAGAAAGGGCAUGGGAGAAUCCAGCGAUGAAGAUCUAAGUGAUGUUCUACUAAGAGUAAAAGAAAGUGGUGAUCUUCAAAUUCCAAUCACCAACAACAAUAUCAAAGCUGUUCUGAUUGACUUGUUUACAGGUGGCCUUGCAAAUGUACCCGCAGCUGUUGAAUGGGCGAUGGCUGAGAUGAUCAGAAAUCCAUAUGUGAUGGCCAAGGCACAGAUUGAAAUAAGGGGAGCCUUUAUGGGAAAGAAAACAACAAUUGAAGAAACUGAUGUUCAAGACUUGGAGUACCUGAAGUUGGUCGUUAAAGAAACUCUAAGGCUACACCCUCCUGCUGCACUUUUACUCCCUAGAGAAUGUAGGGAGCAAUGUGAAAUAGACGGAUAUAUAAUCCCCAUCAAGACCAGAGUUAUAGUUAAUGUCUGGGCAAUAGGAAGGGACCCUGAGUAUUGGGAUGAUCCAGAGAGUUUUAGACCCGAGAGAUUCGAAAACAGCUCCAUUGAUUUCACUGGAACUCACUUUGAGUAUCUCCCUUUUGGUGCAGGAAGGAGGAUGUGCCCAGGAAUUUCAUUUGCUAUGCCUAAUAUUGAGCUUCCAUUAGCUCUUUUGCUCUAUCAUUUUGACUGGAAACUCCCAACUAGCCUCCAUUCCAAUGGUUUAGACAUGAGCGAGGCAGUUGGAUUUUCUGCAAGAAGAAAACAGCACCUUUGCUUGCUGGCCUCUUUGUGUGAUCCUGCCCACGAUAUCGCAUGCCAGACCCCAGUAACAGAUUAAAGUGGCAGAAAAUCCAUUACCCAAUCCCUUCUAUGGCUCUAUAUGUUACAAUUAUACAAUAAGCGAAAACGUAAUAGGGGUGAAUUUCUUCAAUAUAUAUAUAUAUAUUUCUUAAGUCUUUUUCUUUAGUAUUUUAGUUCUUUUCUUCUAACAUUCCAAGUCUGUAGAUGCAAGACAUUAGUCUGUAUCACCAAAGUGGUAUUUGGUGGAUUUGAUCUGGUCUUAAACUGUUUUCUGUACUAUUAAAGUCUAAUUUAUCAUUAUCAAUCAAAAGUCUAAUUGUCUUGCACAUUGAUCAUAUUUAAUAGAUACUUCCUGUUGUGAAAUACAGUUAGUAACCAUUGUAAUUCUGGAAUUACAGCUUUAUGACAGA